AUGCACGAGGUCCAAUAUCCUGACUACAAACUGUUUCCAGCCGCUUUUGAAGCCUGGUUGCGCGCAAAGUUUGGCGAUCCUACCAUUGCAGUUGAGUGCAAAAACGGACAUUUUGUGUUCAAUUUGCCAGACGGACAAUAUUUGACUGAUUGCUGUAAUAUGUCGCCUGAGUACCCCUGCAACCUGCUGAAGCCAUGCCAGCCAAGACGUACCCUCGAAAACCAUCGCAAGCUACUCAUCAAAUUUAUUAAUUCCAGUGACUCCCGUGCACCAUUAAAUUGCUCCUAUGAAAGCUUUGUCUACUUGUUGUCAUUCUAUCAAAUUCCGGCAAGCUUUCUGGACUUUAUCUCUUCUUUCGGUCUUACCAGGGAGCCAACGGAUUAUCAAAUGACAGGCUUCAACGGAUUUGAUACAAUUGAAACGCCUGAAGACAAUCGCAUCAAGAUUCCCAGACUUGGGCGAUCAGGCCAAGGGCACGGGACACAAUAUCUGCUGCGCUCUGUGGAACAAUCCACUGGUCCCGAGGGAGAAACCACAUGGAAUAUCCGUCAGAUGGCAGUCCAUCACCAGUAUGACUUUGACACUGGCAAGGCUUUGUGGCUGACGGUCAAGACAAAUAGUGUCAUGCAGGAAAUGAUAAAGGAGGCAAUUACGGAUGAUCCCAGUCUCAGCCAGACUCGGACUGAGGGGUUGCCCAAGUCAUUUUCGGCAACAUUGCUGACCCAUCUCAUUCAUCUGCAGUGGUGUGACGAGUCUUGGCGAAAUUGUAUCAAUGACUUUGAAAAAAGCAUCAGAAGUGUUCUCAAAAAGGCAGAAACAGCAAGAGUCCAUCAGCAGCCCAGCCGCAACUUGACUAUCAAGCGAGCCUUGACCAACAAAUCCAACAUCAAUGAAAAGGACGCAUCAGAAACAUCCACCACUUUACAAAGGACACGGCUCCAAUUUAACAAGAGUGUUUUGAAGCCUCUUACGUGGUAUUUGUGUUUAAUAUCAGCAAAAGAAGACACUUCCACAGCUGUCCCGCCUGUCCCACAUGGGAAGAAAGUUGUUGACGAGGACCUCUCAAGCCAACUCGAAGCCCUGAUGGUCCUCGAUACGUUUUCCAUUAAUGAAGUUCAAAGGCUUCAUUAUCUUGGGGAACAACUUGAGAGGUUCCGCCUAGUACUGCAAUUGGAUCGACAGACACUGCGCGAUAUCGCCGAGCACUACCAAGAUUUGGCAAGUAGAGAUGCCUUACCCAACCAAAUUAAAACGUCCUGCAAGGCCGAUUUGGCUUCUUUUUUUCGACAGGUGGAACGUAUCAGAAAGAACCUGGAGAUUCGAGUAACCCAAGUUGAGUCCCUCAUAGCGUGGCUGCAUGAAGGCAAAGUACUGGCAAGUUUUGAUGGCAUUCUCCAAUACCGUAGUACGCAGGUCAGCCACAUAUUCACCGAGAGCUCACAUAUCCAAUCAGAGAAGAUGGAAAAGAUCGCAUACAAGACAGAAAAGGAGACGAUCUCGAUGCACGUUAUCACGUGUGUCACACUUGCAUUUCUGCCUGGCACAUUUGUUGCUGCUUUCUUUCAAAGUGGUCUCGUCGAGAUAAAUCAGGCUGCGAGUGGCGUUCGAGGUGCUGUCACCUUCCAUUCUGGGGCUUUCAAACUAUUUGCAUUAAUAUGCUUCCCUCUGAUGUUCAUCACCUUUGUGCUUUGGAUUCUGCUAUUUAAUCACCUGGCUCGUAGGGCUCGCAGACGUGAAGAAAAGAGCAAGGUGUGA